AUGAAUGUCGCCCUUGUGCAGCAGUUCAUCUGUGAUUGCGACCGGGCGCGACCGCAUUGCAACCAAUGCCUCAAGUCCGGGUGGAAGUGUCCACAGUAUGGUGAUUCUAUAGAACGGAUGUUUGUCCAUCAUAUCCCAGAGAAUUGUGACACAAAUAAUGUGUUGAAAGCGACUAGCUCCUCACCGGGAUCCUGUAUAACAAGAAGGGCACGCAUUGACCUCCAAGUAAAUCUCAGCCCACCAACUGCCGACAUACUAGGCGGAAGGAUAGUCCAAUCUGCGGAAUCCCGUGCGAUCGAUUUCUUCAUGUCAGCUCAUACCUUCCAGAACAUUGGUCUCAUCCGGGGGCAUUACGAGUAUUUAUCUGCAUUCCCGAUCGAUGUCAUGGCCGAGGAAAGAGUUGUAGCGAGCCUCCGCGCCGUUGCACUGGCAGCUUAUGCUACCAAAUUCCAACAUUUUGUCCUUCUCAAAAAAGCUAGACAGUAUUACGUUUCAGCACUUCGACAUAUCAACGUGGCCUUGUUAUCUCGCCGUGAAGCAGCAAAAUAUGCCACCAUCAUCUCGAUUCUAUUUCUGAACACCUUUGAGGCCCUGACUUGUGAAAGCAGAGACUUCCCCUAUCAAAGAGAGACUCACUUGAGGGGGGUAGCAUCCAUAUUGGAAUUCCAAGGAGUGGAGCUUGUCCAAUCUCGUCGCGGACUCCAAUUAUUUCGACAAACUCUUCUUUGCAUCUCGGUGACCUGCCUAAUGCGCUCUUUUCGAAUACCCAUGGGACUGGUCAAGCUUCACCGCCACGCUGCUGCUUAUAUGGACACUGGUGAUCCUGCGUGGAAAUUGUCGGAUAUCAUGAUAGCAUUGGCAUAUUUCCGAGCACUGGUCAAAGACCGUACGCUCUGCGAUCCGGAGACUAUAAUCGCAUCUGCUAAGUAUAUAGAUCGCAACCUCUGCUCGCUCGCAGACAAUAUGCCCAAAGACUGGCAAUUUCAAGUCGUGGAAUUAGAGACGACGUCUGAAGUUGUCAUGGGAACGCAGUAUCACGUGUAUCCCGAUGCAUGGGUCGCAGGUGUGUGGAACAACAUCCGUACAUGUCGCUUGCUUUUGCAUCAAGAGAUCAAGCGGCAGUUGGAGAAUGUCCUGGACACGCAUCUAUUCGAAGCCGUCCAGUAUCAGCAGUCCGUCAUAAUAAUGCAACAGCUGGUUUCGGACAUUUGUGCUUCUGUGCCUCAAUACUGCGGCUAUAUACCGGAUGUAGUUGAUGGUUCCCCAGACACGCCGCAAGCCACUUCGGUAGCAGAUGGGUUGACAUCUGCUUACCAGUCCAGCAAUGGUAUCCCCGCUACCGCUGGUAUCUACCUCCUUUUCUGGCCUCUUCUAUCUGCCGGGCAGAUGGCCAAUUCGGAAAAGCAGCGAGGUUGGAUAAUUGAUCGCAUGCGAUAUAUUGGUGAAACUACCGGUAUUCAGCAAGCCUUUGUAUUUGAGGAUAUACUGAAACGGGCUGUGGACCCUUUUCAAUAA